AUGGCAUCACUCUCAGACUACCUUGACUACUGUGCCAGAGUCGGCAUAUUCUCAGAGUGGCACAAGACGCUUUAUCACCGCUUGAAGCAGUCCAAGAAACUCACAGGAGUCUUUAACGUUCGGAAGUUUGCAGUAACUCAGCUUCAGGCAAAGUACGGCAAACUCGAGUCCGACGAAGAGAAAGCAGAUGCAAAGACGCCGACCGAUUUCAUAACCAAGUUCCUCCGAAUCCACAAGCAAGAACCUAGUAAGAUAACCAAAGACGACAUAUCUACCGUCUGUGUCAUGAAUGUCGGUGCUGGCUCGGAUACGACCUCGAUUGCUUUCACUGCCGCGCUGUUCUACCUUGUCAAGUAUCCUACAGUUCUCUCACGCCUGUACGAGGAGAUAAGAGAUUUUGAGUCUCGGGGCUUGAUAUCUGACCCCAUAUCUUUUUCUGAAGCUCAGAAGAUGCCCUAUACUCAAGCUCUCAUUAAAGAAGCCUUGAGGAUGCACCCGGCAACUGGACUGAUUCUUGGACGGGUUGUACCACCGGGUGGCGCAACAUUAGCUGGGCAGUAUUUUCCUCCAAAAACUAUCGUGGGUAUCAACUCGUGGGUGGCUCAUGCCAACCCAGACGUCUUCGGCCCAGACGUGAACAUAUUCCGUCCGGAAAGAUGGCUGGAAGAAGAAGAAGUAGUCAAGAAGCGCGAUGCAUACUUUAUGGCGUUUGGUCAAGGUUCACGAACUUGCAUCGGAAAGAACAUCAGUAUCAUGGAGCUUUCAAAGGUACUUCCGCAAGUCAUCCGUCACUUUGACUUUGUGCCAGACACGUCAUCUGGCAAGCCAGAAUGCAAGACGGAAAACGUGUGGUUUGUGAAGAUCAGGGGCUUUCAUUGCAAGGUUCGUAAGAGAGCUGCGGUUUAG